AAAUAUCUCAACGGUAGAAAAAAAAGGCACCAUUGUUCAUCGUCUUGCUGUAGCCCUAAUUUUCAAAAUUCUUCAAUGUCGAAGCGCGAGUUAUCAAGCACAUUGAAGAACUUGAAGUUCAUGCAAAGGGGAGCUAACAAAGAGGAGAAAACAAUAAAGGAAGAAGAGGCCAUACCUGAUGGAAGUUUUCCAGCUAAUCUUACUACCAAAAAGUGUAUGGUUGUUAUGGAAGGAGAUCCUAGUCCAGGGGCCAUUAGAGGCCGGAUGUCAUUUCAAAGUUUCAAUCCAUCAAUCGAUAAACUGAAUGAAGAAGCUUCAAACCCAAGACAAUCUGAAGGUGAUUCUAUGUGCUCGGGCAAUCAAGGAGGAAAACCGUCUAACAGAGAAAAUGAAGAACCAGUAAGCGAGCAUAGCAAUAAAGCCAACGGAGACAUCAAAAGGAAACAAGUUGAAGUCAUCACAGAGGUACCACUUCCCAAUAAUUCACCAAAUAUUAUUGAACGCAACCAUACUUCUUCGUCAAAUAAUCGUAGAAAAAAUUCUAACAAGCGUGGAAAGCUUGACUUCAAUGUCUUAAGAUCUCCAAACCGUCAAAACAAAAUGGGCUGAUCUUUUUCAAGCUAUACAAUCAAGAAUAUUUUGUCAUGUUUAUCGUAGAACUACCAUUUCUUUAGCUCCCAUUGUUUGACUUCCUGUAACUUCUAUUAGUUUAUAUUAAAUUUUGACUAAAAAUAGUCAAAGAACAAUCUUUUGCCUCUUUAA